UCUUUGGGAGUUUUUGGUUCCUCUCCUCUCUUGUCGUCUGGUUUUCUUUAUUUAAUUUCUUUCCUUCCUUUUUCCUCUUCUGUAUCUCUCUCUGUAAUGAUGUUGUAACAAAGCACAACACAUCCAGGUAAAGCACUUUAGAACGACUUUGCUGUGAAAGGCGCUAUAUAAAAAUAAAUUGAAUUGAAUAAUAAAUGCAGCUGGGUGCUACAGCUAGAGGGCAAUAGCAAACAUCGGGAGAUAACACCAAUCACGUGUACAAAUCACAUCAUUAUCUCUCACACCCGAAAAGUGUACAAUUUACAUGACAAGCGAGUCAAGGAAAUAAGCAUUAUAUCACUGUUAAGUUAACCAGCGACAUUCCUCCGCCCCGCCCCAGGUGCAGCCCGUCGGUUACCGGAGAGCAGGUUCUCCCCCCCCCCCCCCACAGAAUGAAGUGAUAAUUCCGUCUGUAAAUGAAAGUAAAAGACAUUUAAAGCCAGAGUCGCCACGUCAGCAAGGAACACGAAUAAAACUCGGGAAUAAUAUAAAGAUAUUUUGUAUUGCAAGAGACGCCAGCAGGAAUCAUCUGCUCUGGAUCCGCACCAAAAUGGAGGAACCUGCUUCUGAAAUGACCCCCCCUGUGGGGAAUAAGGAGGGAGGAGCUGUGUCUGAAAUGACCCCCCCUGUGGGGUGUAUUUCAAAGGAGCCUGAGAGUGUCCUGAUGGAGAGAGCAGACUCACCUGCACCCAGCUGUGUUUCCAUGAAGAGCGACUGGUCAAUGCAGCCCCCACUCAGAUUCAGAGAGGGACCUUUAUCUACAUAUCAGAGUGACCAAAGAGACGAAUGCAGUUCAGAUCUACAGGAGAAACCGGGUUUAUCUUCCGUGAUGAAGUCAGUAGAAGAAAAUGCUGUAAGGUUCCUGAAGGAUGAGCUGAAGAAGAUCAAGAGGUACCUAAAUCAGAAUUACUCAGAAUGCUCUGAGUCUCAGCUGGAGGAGGACAAUGACCUGGACAGUGAUGGUCAGAUGCAGAAAGCCUGGGGUAGAGAAGGAGCUCUGAAGAUCACACUGUACAUCCUGAGGACCAUGGAGCAAAAUGAUCUCGCUGACAUACUGGAGAAGAGGCAUCUUCUGGCACAAUGUCAAAUCAAAUGUACCCUGAAGCAGAAAUGUGAGUGUGUAUUUGAAGGGAAAGCUAAGGAAGGACAGCGAACACUCCUCAAUGAGAUUUACACAGAACUCUACAUAACUGAAGGUGGGACUGGAGGAGUCAAUGAUGAACAUGAAGUGAGACAGAUUGAAACAGCAUCCAAGAAAAGGCUAACAGAAGAUACUACAGUCAAGUGCAAUGAUAUAUUUAAACCCUUAUGGGGGCGUGAGACACCUAUCAGAACUGUACUCACUAAAGGGGUGGCAGGUAUCGGGAAAACAGUCUCUGUGCAAAAAUUUAUUCUCGACUGGGCAGAAGGAAAAGCAAACCAGGAUGUUCACUUCAUAUUUGCUCUUCCUUUCCGGAACCUGAAUUUGAUUAAGGAUGAAUUCAGUCUGAUUGAACUGCUUCACCGCUUUGUCCCAGAACUGAAAUCAUUCGAAUCCACUAAGCUUUUUAGGUACAAAGUCUUGUUCAUCUUUGAUGGUCUGGAUGAGUGUCGCCUUCCUCUAGAUUUUCAGAACAAUGAGAGCUGGUUUGAUGCAACAAAGAAAACGUCACUGGAUGUGCUGUUGACUAACCUCAUUAAGGGGGAUCUGCUCCCAUCCGCUCUCCUCUGGAUAACCUCCCGGCCAGCAGCAGCCAAUCAGAUACCAACUGAGUACGUCCACCGGGUGACAGAGAUACGAGGGUUCAGUGAUGCCCAGAAGGAGGAGUAUUUCAGGAGGAGAUUCAGUGAUGAGAGCCUGGCCAGCAGGAUUAUCACACAUGUGAAAUCAUCACAGAGCCUCUUCAUCAUGUGCCACAUACCUGUGUUCUGCUGGAUUUCAGCCACUGUCCUUGAGAAGCUUUUUACUGAAACUGACAGGGGAGAAAUUCCAAGCACUCUGACUGAAAUGUACACACACUUCCUGAUCUUUCAGACAAGUUUAAAAAAUGACAAGUACGUGAAAAAAAGUGAAACCAAGCUUAAUAAAUGUUUUGAAUCUAGUAAGAAAUCCCUGAUAAAACUUGGUAAGCUGGCUUUUGACAACCUUGAGAAAGGCAAUCUCAUAUUUUAUGAGCAAAAUCUGAUAGAGAAUGACCUUGAUGUCAGUGAAGCUUCAGUUUACUCUGGAUUGUGCACAGACAUCUUUAAAGAGGAAUAUGGGCUGUAUCAGGAGAAGGUGUACUGCUUUGUGCAUCUGAGCGUCCAAGAGUAUCUCGCUGCUUUAUAUGCGUUUCUCUCAAACUCAUCUGCUGACCUGCUGAAGACUUCAGUGGAUCAGGCAUUAGAGAGCAAGAAUGGACACUUGGACCUCUACCUCCGCUUCCUCCUGGGCCUCUCAACAGACUCCAGUAAGACUCUGUUACAAAGACUUCUGGGACAGACAAGAACCAUCUCACAUGAUAUUAAAGAAACAGCCCAAUAUAUCAAGAGAAAAAUAAAGAACAAUUUAUCUCCAGAAAGGACCAUCAACCUCUUCCACUGUCUGAAUGAGCUGGGUGACAAUUCUCUAGUAGAGCAAGUACAAGGAUUCCUGAACUCAGGAAGUCUUUCAGCAGAAGACCUCUCACCUGCACAGUACUCAGCUCUGGCCUUUGUGUUACUGAUGUCAGAUAAGGAGCUGGAUGUGUUUGAUCUGAAGAAAUUCAUCAGAUCAGAUAAGGAACAUUGGAGGCUGCUGCCUGUGGUCAAGACAUCUAGGAGAGCUCUGUUGGACAGCUGUAAUCUCACAGAGAAAUGCUGUGAUGCGCUGGCUUCGGCUCUCAGAUCAAACUCCUCACAGUUGAGAGAGCUGGAUCUGAGUGACAAUGACCUGCAGGAUUCAGGAGUGAAGCUGCUCUCUGCUGGACUGGAGGAUUCACACUGUAAACUGGGGAUACUGAGGCUGAACAGCUGUAAUCUCACAGAGGAAUGCUGUGAGGUGCUGGCUUCAGCUCUCAGAUCAAACUCCUCACACCUGAGAGAGCUGGACCUGAGUGACAAUGACCUGCAGGAUUCAGGAGUGAAGCUGCUCUCUGUUGAACUGGGCAAUUCAGACUGUAAACUGGAGAUACUGAGGCUGUCAGGCUGUAGAGUCACAGAAGAAGGCUGUUCUUCCCUGGUUUCAGCUCUGAGGUCAAAUCCCUCACACCUGAGAGAGCUGGAGCUGAGCUACAAUCACCCAGGAGACUCAGGAGUGAAGCAGCUCUCUGCUGUACUGGAGGAUCCCAGCUGUAAACUGGAGAAGCUGAAGGUGGACCGGUGUGAUCUCACAGAGAAAUGCUGUGAGGUGCUGGCUUCAGCUCUCAGAUCAAACUCCUCACCCCUGAGAGAGCUGGACCUGAGUGACAAUGAUCUGCAGGAUUCAGGAGUGAAGCUGCUCUCUGCUGGACUGGGGGAUUCACACUGUAAACUGGAGAUACUGAGCCUGUCAGGCUGUAGAGUCACAGAAGGCGGCUGUUCUACCCUGGCUUCAGCUCUGAGGUCAAACCCCUCACACCUGAGAGAGCUGGACCUGAGCUACAAUCACCCAGGAGACUCAGGAGUGAAGCUGCUCUCUGCUGUACUGGAGGAUCCCAGCUGUAAACUGGAGAAGCUGAAUGUGGACCACGGUGGAGAGUGCAGGACCAGACCAGGCUUACAGAAAUACUCCUGCCAGCUGACACUGGACCCCAACACAGCACACAGACUCCUGUGUCUGUCAGAGGGGAACAGGAAGGCAACACGGGGGGGAGAAGACCACCCAUAUCCUGAUCAUCCAGAGAGAUUUGACGGCUGGCCCCAAGUUCUGUGCAGAGAGAGUCUGACUGGCCGCUGUUACUGGGAGGCUGAGUGGGGUGGAGCUGGAGCCUGGAUAGGAGUGACUUAUAAAGGGAUCGGGAGGAAAGGAGGGAGGGGCUGUCGGCUUGGAGCCAAUGACAAGUCAUGGAUUCUGCACUGUGAAACUCACAAUUACUCUGUCCGGCAUAAGAAUAAACGGACUCUCAUACCCAUAGAGCCCUCAGGCUCCUGCAGAGUAGGAGUGUAUCUGGACUGGGGGGCUGGUGCUCUGUCCUUCUACAGAGUCUCCUCUGAUGGACUGACCCUCCUGCACAGGGUCACCUCCUCAUUCACUGAGCCCCUCUGUCCAGGGAUUUAUUUUUAUUAUACAAACUCUUCAGUGUCGCUGUGCAUGCUGGAAUAGCUCACUGUGUGGUGGAGGAAUCACUUUACUGUAUUACAGUGUGACGUUGCUGCUUCUCCACGGUAAUUCUCUGCUUUUUAACCUGUAUAAUCCUUUUUUUCUCUGAAAUUAUGUUUCACAAAAAUAAACGACUGGGUUCAGCGAGCUGAGCAAACAUACAAAAUAACUGUUCUUCUCUCUGAGUAAAAUCUAAUGUACAUGAUACAUAUUUAUGUCUAUAUACUGAAUUUGCUACCUGUAAAACGACAAUAAAGGCUUUCUGUUCUGUCCUAUUAA